AUGCUACAACUUACAACUGAACAAAUACGGCUAUGUGCUCCAACUGAAAAUAGCUACGGGAAGAAAAAGCUAUUAUCAUCCUGUCCAGGAAAAGUCACUGAUGCCACCCCCGUACACCCACCAACAACACAACCGUUUAAACCAAAUCACCCAUCAAACUUCAACAAGAAAAUUCGAAGAAUUACGAACGAAAAGCCAGAACCAGUGGAAAACAAGUUGGAAAACAUACUGAAAACGGCAACGUCAAUUGCGACAUUCCAAGGACAAAAAGAAUCACCGGCAGCAAUUGCCAAAGACUCGGUCCAACUUCUAAUAACACUUGGCAAUAUUAACAGAGUACACCAAUUACUGUCUCUGAGUACUUCACGAAAAUCCACCAGAAACGUCCCAAAUACCUUAUUGCUCACCAAUCACUACUCCGUCAACAUUAUACAGUUUGCCAAACUUCCCAACGACAACCAACUCCGGAAUCAUAACGUCCCAAAGACAAAGAAAAAGGAAGAGGAGUCCCCAGCAGCAAUUGCCAAAAACUCAACUCAAUCCGGAAUCAUAACAUUCCAAAGACAAAGACAAAAAAAAAGGAAGAGGAGUUCCCAGCAGCAAUUGCCAAAAACUCAACUCAAUCCGGAAUCAUAA